AUGUUUACCAUUCUAGCUCAAGAUUCUUUGGUCGAUGCCACAAGGCCGCUAAAUAAUUCAAUCGACACCGUCAUAUCGGAUGAUAUCAACAAGACAGGAGGAUUGCCGAGAGAGCUGGUAAUAUUCGUGGGAGCAAAAGUGAUGCUGCGAUCUAUUAUCGAUGUACAAAAAGGCUUGAUCAAUGGAGCAAUAGGUAUUGUAACGGAACUGAAAUGGGCUGGUGGCUUCCGCAGAGAUCAGAUUUACAAGCAGGACAUACCGGACGUAAUGGUGGAUUUUGGCGUGGAUGGGAUCCACCUGAUCAAGCCAAAAUCAAUACAAUUUCCAGCAAAAUUCAGUUACGGAACUGCCGAGCGCCGUAUGCUGCCUUUAAUAUUAUCAUGGGCUUCAACAGCCCAUAAAAUGCAGGGCACCACAGUCGAUUAUGCUGUCGUUUACUUGGGACAGAAACUAUUCGUACAAGGUCAAGCGUACGUCAUCAUUAAUAGAGUUCGUAGCCUCGAUGGACUACGUAUCGAAGAAUUGGACGCUUCAAAAAUAACGGGCAAGACAUUCUGUAACGUUGACGCUUUGGAUAAAAUCGACAGAAUGAGACAACAUCGUCCCAAUAUCUCGGAAGCAAUUGUAAAUGACGGACAAUAA